AUGGCAUCCUAUAAUCCAUUUUUGGCUAGACCAGACUUUGCCCUUCUGAACCCAUAUUUUCAAGCACCACCGUUUCUAUCGUUACCGGGUGCAACCGGAUUUUGUCCAAGACUUCCGGUUGAAUUAUCUGAGUUACCGCCACCGAUACCGCCGGUUGUUCAGGAUGACGGUGUUGUUGAUGAUCCGCACGCUGAGCUUGAUGAUAAAGCAUUAUGGGAUGAGUUUUCAAAAAUUGGUACUGAAAUGGUCAUAACAAAAAGUGGAAGGCGUAUAUUUCCAGCCUUUAAAGUUAAACUGUCUGGGCUGGAUAAACGGUCUAAAUAUAUUCUGAUGUUGGAUAUUGUACCGGCUGAUGAGUGCCGGUAUAAGUUCCAUAAUUCACGGUGGAUGGUUGCUGGUAAAGCAGAUCCUGAAAUGCCAAAGCGACUUUAUGCACAUCCGGACAGUCCGGCAACCGGUGAACAUUGGAUGGCAAAAGGAGCAAAUUUUCAUAAGCUUAAGCUAACCAACAAUAUUUCAGAUAAACAUGGCUUUAUAUUAUGGCUGAUACUGUUGAAUGAAUCUGAGAUUCUUGAAAUUGUCAUCAAAAAUUUCACCUUAGGAUUUAAUUGUUAUUGUUGUUGUCGUCGUCAUCGUCGUCAUCGUCGUCGUCGUUGUCGUCGUCUUCGUCAUCGUCGUCACCAGACUGAUGACAACGCUAUUUGGCGACGAUGA